CCACGUCAUGUUUGCUUUGUAUGAGCUCGAGCCUCUUAAAAUCUCCCCAUUUUCCUUUAAGGGGCUGAGGUACCAGGAAAUAGGAGAGUUUUCAGCCGUGGUCUCUCAGCGGCCGCCACGCCUUCUGUACGUCAGGUGCGCAAAGAUGGCGACCCCAGGGCGCCGAGUCUGUGGUGGCGGCGCGGACGUAUUACCUCAUAAGGAAAAGCCGGAAACCCCCAAUCCGUUCACCAUAGAAACGCGGUAAAAACGCCGCUGACCCUUGUCGGUUGGUCUCGGGAGAGGGGGCUGGGCGAGGGGACCAGAAGUAAAAGGAGUUCGGGGAAUAAAGUUAGGCCCUGAAGAGGUCGCUGCAGGUUCAGGAGAGAACCAGGUGCUAACAAGAGACAAGAUAUGAAUGAAGAAAGAGGAGUUUCCAGGACCUAGAUAUUGUUAUUUCUAGGGAUACUUUGGCGACGGUUAUAUCUAACCAGAAAUUUUGGUAUAUCCAGAAGAGACAAAGACAGAGCCUCUGCAUUGCCAGCUAUUUUCAGAGAACAGAAGAAAAUGAUCCAGGCCCAGGAAACCCUGUCAUUCAAGGAUGUGGCUGUGGACUUCACGUGGGAGGAGUGGCAGCUCCUGGCCCCUCCUCAGAAGGACCUGUACCGGGACGUGAUGCUGGAGAACUAUAGCAACCUGCUGUCUGUGGGGUAUCGGGUCAGCAAACCAGAUGCAAUGUCCAAGUUGGAACGAGGGGAAGAACCGUGGACAAUAGAAGAUGAAAUCCACAGUCAAACCUGUCCAGAAACUGGCAACGUUGGUAAUCAUCUUCAGGGUGACUGGGAAAAUCAAAGAAUGCUGAAAGGUAUAGAACAAUACCAGGAACAUAAUGCAUUUGGAAAUCCUGUUCCUCAAAGCAAAAGUCAUUUCUCUUUCAGGCAAAAUCAUGAUAUGUUUGAGUUCUAUAUAAAAACUUUGAAAUCACAUUUAAGUUUAGUCAGCCAGGGCCAAAGCUAUGAAAUUAAGAACUCUACUAAAUGUAAUGGAGAUGGGAAAUCAUUUCUGCAUGGUAAGCCUGAAGAAUUUCAUUCUCCAGUUCAAUGCCCUGUAAGUGCAAAAUCCAUCAGUAGUAAGUCCCAAGUCAUUAAGCACCAAGGAACUCACAAUGCAGAGAAAGCCCACAUAUGCAGUGAAUGUGGGAAAGCCUUUGUUAAGAAGUCUCAGCUCACUGACCAUCAGAGAGUUCAUACAGGGGAGAAGCCUUAUGGAUGCAGUAUGUGUGCAAAAGUAUUCUCCCGAAAGUCCAGGCUCAAUGAACAUCAGAGAAUUCACAAGAGAGAGAAAUCCUUUAUAUGCGGUGAUUGUGGAAAAGUCUUCACCAUGAAGAGCCGUCUGAUCGAACACCAGCGAACUCACACUGGAGAGAAACCUUACAUAUGCAGUGACUGUGGAAAAGGCUUCCCAGGGAAGCGUAACCUCAUUGUACAUCAGCGAAAUCAUACUGGAGAGAAAUGCUACAUAUGUAAUGAAUGCGGAAAAGGCUUCACUGGGAAGAGCAUGCUUACUAUACACCAGCGAACUCAUACAGGAGAGAAACCCUACAUCUGCAGUGAAUGUGGGAAAGGCUUUACCACAAAGCACUAUGUCAUCAUACACCAACGAAACCAUACAGGAGAGAAACCCUACAUAUGCAAUGAAUGUGGGAAAGGUUUCACCAUGAAGAGUCGUCUGAUUGAACAUCAGCGAACUCAUACAGGAGAAAAGCCGUAUGUGUGCAAUGAAUGUGGAAAAGGCUUUCCCAGGAAGAAUAAUCUGAUUGUACAUCAGAGAAAUCAUACAGUAGAGAAAUCCUACGUAUGUGGUGAAUGUGGAAAAGGCUUCACCGUGAAGAGCAUGCUCAUCAUACAUCAACGAACUCACACUGGAGAGAAACCCUACAUCUGCAGUGAAUGUGGGAAAGGCUUCCCAUUGAAGAGUCGGCUUGUUGUGCAUCAGCGAACGCAUACGGGUGAGAAACCUUAUAGAUGCAGCGAAUGUGGGAAAGGCUUCAUCGUGAAUAGUGGACUGAUGUUACAUCAGCGAACUCACACUGGAGAGAAACCCUAUAUAUGCAAUAAAUGUGGAAAAGGGUUUGCCUUUAAGAGCAAUCUUGUGGUACAUCAGCGAACUCAUACUGGAGAGAAACCCUUUACAUGCAAUGAGUGUGGAAAAGCCUUCACGAUGAAACGCUAUCUCAUCAUACACCAGCAAAUUCAUAUGGGAGAGAAGUCCUAUAUAUGCAGUGAAUGUGGAAAAGGUUUUGUCAUGGAAACAGAACUCAUUUUACAUCAGCAAAUUCAUACUGGAGAGAAACCUUAUGCCUGCAAUGAAUGUGGCAGAGGCUUCACUGUGAAAAGCCGUCUAGUCGUUCAUCAGCGAACUCAUACAGGAGAGAAACCUUUUGUAUGCAGUGAAUGUGGAAAAGGCUUCUCCUCAAAGAGGAAUCUCAUUGUACAUCAGAGAACUCAUACAGGAGAGAAAUCUUAUAUGUGCAGUGAGUGUGGAAAAGGCUUCACAGUGAGGCGCUAUCUGAUUGCACAUCAGCGAACUCACAGUGGAGAGAAACCUUAUGUGUGCAGUGAAUGUGGAAAAGGCUUCACUGUGAAGAGCAAUCUCAUUGUGCAUCAGCGCACUCACACAGGGGAGAAACCCUAUGUAUGCAGUGAGUGUGCGAAAGGCUUCACCAUGAAGCGCUAUCUUGUUGUACACCAGCGAACUCAUACUGGAGAGAAACCAUAUUUGUGCAGUGAAUGUGGGAAAGGCUUCACCGUGAAGAGUAAUCUCAUCGUACAUCAGCGAUCUCAUACAGGGGAGAAAUCUUACAUAUGCAGUGAAUGUGGGAAAGGCUUCACUGUGAAACGCACUCUCAUUAUACAUCAGCGAACUCACACGGGAGAGAAAUCUUACCUAUGUAAUGAAUGCGGGAAAGGCUUCACCACAAAGCGCACUCUUGUUAUACAUCAGCGAACUCACACGGGAGAGAAACCCUAUGAAUGCAAUGAGUGUGGUAAAGCCUUCAGCCAGAAGAUAUGCCUCAUACAACAUGAGAGGUGUCAUACAGGAAAGACGCCCUUUGUAUGUACUGAGUGUGGAAAAUCCUAUUCCCACAAGUAUGGUCUCAUUACCCAUCAGAGAAUUCACACAGGAGAGAAACCCUAUGAGUGCAGUGAAUGUGGAAAAGCCUUCACCACGAAGUCAGUACUCAAUGUACAUCAAAGAACUCACACAGGAGAAAGACCAUAUGGAUGCAGUGAUUGUGAGAAAGCCUUCUCCCACUUGUCAAACCUUGUUAAACAUAAGAAAAUGCACAUAAGAGAAAUGAGAGAUUCGGUCAAGUUGGAAAUUCCUUUAACAGAGAGUCACAGCUCAUUACUUACGAUUGAACAAGAGCCCCAUUAAUGCAGUGACUGGAGAAAUGCCUUCUGUGGCAGCUAAGACUUUGUUUAAACACCAGUGUUUCUAGCAGAGCAGAACAGUACUACCUGUUACCAGAUGUGUGCCCUGAGGAGAUGAAAGGAUUUGCGCAGGAGAUAAACCUGGUGAAUAUAGUGAAUGUGGUAGUGCCUUUAGUGAUCCUUACCUCACAUUUUCUGUCAAUGAAAACAUGUUGGAAAAACUCUGAUACAUUCAGUGCAGAGAUGCCUUGGGCAAAACUUUCUGACUUCAUUAUAUGUCUGAAAAGUAUAUACUCUAUAUUCUCUGACAAAUUCUGUGAAUGCAGAGACUAGGAAAGUCUUCAGUGGGAAGACAGACUUUCUUAUCAGGGAUCUUCAUUGAUCAUCAGUGAGUUCAUUGUUCAUAGAAAUAUGAUUUAAAAAAAAAAAAAAGGAGAUAUGAUGACCACGGGAAUGUCUUUCCCCCAGAAAGAAGACCUCAGUGAGUGUCAGAGUUCACACUGGAGAAAAACUUUUAAGAGGAUAGUAUAUAUGGCAGGAUUUCAGUCAUACAUUCUGCCUCAUCAUUUGUCAGGAAAUCAUAUAGAAAUUAAAACCUUUAUGAACAUGCUAAAGAUAGAGCAUCUUUAGUUAAAUAUCAGAGGACUUAAAAAGGAAUGAAGUUCUGUGAAAAUGAUAAAUGUUUGAGUGCUUUUUGUUACAAAUCUAACCUCAUCAUAUAUCAGAUAAUGCACCUGACUAUCCUUUCUGGCCUUGUCAGUAAUUCCAUAGUUUUAAAAAGAAGUCUGCUUUUCUCAUCACUGAUUUUUAUUGUUAUAUAUGAUGCAAGAGUGUUCUAUGCCUACCCUCAUAUGUGAUUAGCUCUUACUUUUCUUCAGCUAUAAACAUAAUUGUAAAUUUAGCAUACUGAACUUCUUUGAAAGGAAACUGAAUAUGAACAUGUACUUGCACUUGCUUAACUAUGUUUAUAAAUAUGACCAAAUAGUUUACAAAACCACCUUCAAAGUUAUUUUUAUAAAAUUUAUAAUUUGAAAUCAUUUUAACUUAUAAGAAAAUGCAAAAGUAGUCCAGAGAAUUCCCUAGUAUCCUUUCUGCAACUUCUUCUAGUAAAAACAUUUUAUGUAACCAUAUUUUAAUAUUGAACCCAGAAAAAUGAUAUUGGUAGUAUACUGUUAACUCCUAACCUUUGGAGUUUAGAUUCCACUAGAUUUUACAUGAAUUUUUUAAUCAUUUUUUUGGUAAUUCUAAGGUGCUUUAUUACAUAUAUAGAUUUCAUUGUAACUGUCAUCUCCAGGACGUACAACUGUUUUAUCAACACAGACACCCUCAUGCUACCUUUUUAUGCUCACGUCCUCUAUCCAAACCUACCUCUGGUAACCACUUGUCUGUUUUCCAUCAAUAUAAUUUUGUCAUUUAUGAAUGUUAUCAAAACAAUUUUUAUAACUGGAUUUUAUAUAAAUAAGUUAUAUUUAUUUAUACAAAUUUACAAUUUCUUAUUAAUGAGGAACAUGUAAGCUUUUUGGUUUUUUUUUUUUGGUCCCUCAGCAAAUUGCCAUUAAGACUUAUUUGAGUUGUAUUGUUUUAUUUUUAUUAGUGAGUAGUAUACAUACUGGAUGUAUUAGUUUAUCAAUUCACUCUUCAGAGAAGUUUGUUUUGUUUCCUGGUUUCAACUGUUAUAGGGAAAGAUGCUGUAAAUUGGCAUCUGGGGUUUUGUGUGAACAUAAAUUUUCAUUCCUCUAUAAUAAAUAUUCAGGUGUGUGCUUAUUAGGA